AUGGUCUACACACAUACUAGCAGAGCCCCGCACGUGAUCAACACGCACGCUUACGACCCUCGCUCUCGCGCGUGGGUUCAGAUGCGCGAGCCCUCAGCCGUCAGGCCCACUGUCGCCUCCCUCAGAUCAUCACACUCUUCGCUCCUCUACAUGCUCUCCUCUACCGCCCUCGCCUUCUCCUCUCGACCCCAUCCAUCUCACCUGGCACCACGCCGACGCCCCGCGCGUGUGUCGAACGGAUCCAAUUGUCGCCCUCGUGGGUCACCACAUCGUCGUAGCUGGCGGAGUGUGCGAGUUCGAGGACGACCCUUCGCGGUGGAGAUCUACGAUUUGCGGAGGCGAACCUGGGACACUUGCGAGUCCAUGCCAGCGAUUCUGAAGGGUUCCGCGACCUCCACGUGGCUGUCCGUCGCCGUCGUGGGGCACAGGAUGCACGUGACGGAGAAAAUCUCCGGCGUCACACACACUUUCCAUCCCGAGACGAACACUUGGCAAGGACCCUACGACCUCCGACCUGACCAGAGCGUCUAUUCCAUCGUCAAUGGAACACUGCGCGACCGCGUAAUCGUGGCGGGCUGGUAG